AUGUCCAGGUUCUUCCGCCGUGGUGGUGACGACAGCUCCUCCGAGAGCUCUUCCGACGAGGAGGAGCUCUACUCCGAGGAGGAGGAGGAGGAAGAGAAGAAGGUCCGCGACGACGACGAUUCCGAUGACGACUCUGACGAUGAUAAUGACGAAGAUGACUCGGAUGACGACUCGAGCGACGAUGAUGGAGGAAAGGCGACCGGUCUGAACCGUUUCCUCAAAGAUGCCAGCUCUGAGAGCGAGGACAGCGACGACGAGCAGAGGCUCAAGGUCAGGAGCGCAAAGGACAAGCGUCACGAGGAACUCGAGGCGACCAUCAAGUUGAUUGAGAACGGCGAGAAGAAUGGCGACUGGGCCUCUAUUUCGAGUGAAUUCGACAAGCUCAACCGCCAGGUCGCCAAGAUCCAAGAGUCGAGGAAGACGCCCAAGUCUUACAUCAAGACCAUUGCCGAACUCGAGGACUACAUGAACGAGGCCGUUGCCAAGCAGAAGGUCACGCCGAAGAAGAUGAACGCCAUCGCUGCCCGUGGCCUGAACGCUGUCAAGCAGAAGAUCAAGAAGGUCAACAAGGACUACCAGUCUCAGAUCGAGGCCUACCGUGCCGACAACGAUGCCUUCAUGGAUUCUGAGGAGGAGGAAGAGAAGGUCUCCAAGCCCAAGAAGACUGUUCGCAUCGCCGAGGCUGAGGAUGUUGCCGAGCCCCUCGGCGAGGAUGAUGGCUUUGCCACGGUCGGCAAGGGCGGUCGCACCCUCCAGUUCACCCCCGAGAGCAUCUUCAAGCAUCUCCGUGGCAUCCUCGAGUCUCGCGGCAAGAAAAACACCGACCGCACCGAGCAGAUCAAGACUAUGGAGAAGCUCAGCGAAAUCGCCAACACGCCCUACCAGAAGGUCCGCGUCCUGCUUGCCCUCGUCUCCACGCGUUUCGACCUCAGCUCCAGCGGCGCCACUUCGAUGCCCGUUGAGCACUGGAAGGCCGCCGAAAAAGAGCUUGCCACCCUGUUUGAGGUCCUCGAGGCCAACCCCGAUUACGUGGUUGUCGAGACCGCCGAGGAGUGGGAGGAUGACGAGAAGCCUCCUGCGCUUGAGAAGGGCGAGAAGUACAUCAAGGUCCCUGGCAGCAUCGUCUCAUUCAUCGAGCGUCUGGAUGAUGAGCUCACCCGCUCGCUCCAGAACAUCGACCCUCACACGUCGGAGUACAUUGAGCGUCUGACUGAUGAGGGCGCCCUGUACAACAUCAUCUUCCGCGGCCAGCUGUACUACGAGUACCUCCGCAAGGAUGCCGCGCUCGAUAUUACGCAGGAAAGCAUCAACCGUGUUGUCACGAGGAGGCUCGAGCACGUCUACUUCAAGCCUGCCCAAGUCAUCAAGAUUCUUGAGGAGAACGCCUGGAAGACUGCCUCUGCCAAGGCCGAGUCGGACAUUACGCCUCGCUCUGAAGACGCCGAUGCCAGCAACCUGGUCAACGUUCUCUGCAACUACCUCUUCAGCAACGCCGAGGGUAUCCUCCGUGCCCGCGCCAUGCUGUGCCGUGUCUACUUCCUCGCCCUGCACAAUGAGUACUACAACGCUCGUGACAUGAUGCUCAUGUCCCAUCUGCAGGAGAACAUUCCCCAGUUCGACGUUCUUUCUCAAAUUCUCUACAACCGUACGCUGGUCCAGGUCGGUCUCUGCGCCUUCCGCAAGGGUCUCGUCUACGACGCCCAGAACACUCUGCAAGAAAUUUGCGGCAGCGGUCGCCAGAAGGAGCUGUUGGCGCAGGGCGUCAUGAUCCAAAGGUACAACCAGGUGUCGCCCGAGCAGGAGAGGCUCGAGAAGCAGCGCCAGCUGCCCUUCCACAUGCACAUUAACCUCGAGCUCCUCGAGUGCGUGUACCUCACCUGCAGCAUGCUGCUCGAGAUCCCCGUUCUCGCCCAGACCGGCUCAUCACCGGAUAUCAAGAAACGCAACAUCAGCAAGACGUACAGGCGCAUGCUCGAGUACCACGAGCGUCAGAUCUUCACCGGCCCCCCAGAGAACACGCGUGACCACGUCAUGCAGGCGUCCAAGGCGCUCGCGGCGGGCGACUGGAAAAAGUCGAUCCACUUCAUCCACAGCAUCAAGAUCUGGGAGCUCAUGCCCAACACGGAUGACAUCAAGACGAUGCUCGCCAAGCAGAUCCAAGAGGAGGGUCUGCGCACGUACCUCUUCACGUACGCGCCCUUCUACGACACACUGGCGUCUGAGACGCUCAGCGCCAUGUUUGAGAUGGAGACGAGCAAGGUGCUGGCUGUCAUCAGCAAGAUGAUCAGCCACGAGGAGCUGGCGGCUUCGCUCGACCAGGUCACGUCGACCGUCAUCUUCCGCAAGGGCGUCGAGCUCAGCCGUCUGCAGAGCUUGGCGAUCGCCAUGUCGGACCGCGCGAGCUCGCUCAUCGAGACGAACGAGCGAACACUGGAGCAGCGCACGCAGGGCUCGGCCAACGCCUUCGAGAGGCAGGGCGGUCGUGGACGCGGCGGAGGUCGCGGCCGUGGCGGCAGGGGAGGCGGUGGCGGCGGCCGCGGCGGCGGUGGCCACGCGCAACGCCAGGCGGGUGGCACGCAGUUCACCGGCGGUGCGCUGGGCGCCGCUGUGCGGGGUUAA